AAAAUACUCAAAUAGAAAAAUUUGAAUUAUUAAAGCUACAUAAAUAGUUUGUUUCCUGCUAUUUUUAUCUAAAUGAAGAGAAAUUAACAGCUUGCAUUAUUGACAUUUGGUGGAUCUGCAAUAGCUGCAGCAACGUUUUACUAUUUUUAUAAAAGAGGAUAAAAUAUUUAAGAUAGAUAUUUAUCAACAUUGAAGUCAUUUAGUUGGUAUGUUUUUACUUGUGAUCAGUUUUAGCUCAUUAACAUGAGUCAAAAUUUCGACUAACUAAUUGAACUUGCAACAUAUGAUGAAAGUGAUAGCCAGUGUACGUUAGCUGAAAAAUUAUAAUUUAAAAAAGAGGAGUUUGAAUAUGAAGGAACUUGCAAGAAGGGUUUCAGAUAAGGCUUAUCAUUUUAUGAAUGUCUUGAUUGCUCUCUUAUCAGAAGAGAAAUCUAAAAAACUAAAAAAUCUAUAGAAGAGGAUAAGUUUUACUUAGCUUUAUGCGAGGAAUGUUUUUAGACUCCCUAGCAUAAAGGUCAUAGAUAUAAAAAGAUUGAAGGAAGGUAUAGAAUCUAAUUUUAGUGCCACUGUGGCUAGUCUAACAUUAUGGAUUAAAAUUGCUUUUGCAAUAAGCACAGAGGAUUUGAAAAAUCGAAAGGUUUUUUUGAAAAAGAAUACUUAACUAACACAAAACUGUGGAAAGGAAUCGAAGUUUUCUUUUUAGAUAUGUUUCAUUUGUUAUUUGAUAAUAUGGUUGAUUUAAUUAAGAUGAAGGAAGAAAGGAGAGUUCUUUUUGAAUAUCAAUUAUAAUCAAACAACCUUUUAAAGGAAAAUAAAAAAAAGUGCAUCACAAUAGAGUAAUAAAAACAUGGAGCUGAAAGAAUCAACUUUAUUUUGAGACUGAUCUUAAACAAAUUUAAUGAGUUAAUAAAAAUUAAUCCUGUUUUAAUUCACUUUAUUCCUAUUAUCUUCUAAAAGACUUUAACAAAGCCCAUUGCUUUGCAAUUUAAAAAGUUAGAAAAGACCAUUCCUGAUACAUGUAAGUGGGCAAGAAUUUUCAAAGAAUAAAAGGAGAUAAAUAAUGAAUUAACCAUUUAUGAAUAUCUCCUUCUUUCAUAUGAACUAGUAGAUGAUUAAAAUGACAAAAUAGUAGCUGAGAUUUUAAGGGCUGCGCUAAAAGUAAACAACACAUUUUAUUUAAUUCUUUGUGAAAAGUUUAUGAAAAUGUUUGCUUUUUCCUGUAGAAUUUAGAAUGCUAUUGUAAAAAAUGGAAAUUUUAAUGUAGGUUUUUUACCUUCUCUUUCUUAUCUUGUAAUUGAUUACAUUCCAUUUUAGAGUACUUUUGAUCACUUAAUUGAAACGUUAGGAGAUGACAUUUUAGGUCCCUUGAGCUACUUAAACGCCUAUCUUUCAAAAGGGUCAAGUUCAAAUAUAGAUUUUGACGAACUGUCCUUCAUUUUGCUUAAUAUUAGCUUUGAAAUGCUAAGGUUUGUAAAUCAACUUAAGGUACUGUUAUUAAAGUACCCAGAAUAAAUAAUAUCAAAUUUGUAUAAAAUUUGUUUUGCUUUGUUUACAAAUAAUAGCAUUUCGAUUAAAUAAGAGCUUUCAUAAAACUUACGAUAAAACAUUGAGUAAAAGCUAGUAAAAAUAUUUGUUUUAAAUUAGUAUAAAGAUAUAGAGAAAAUUAUGAUUUUUACAUUUGUGAAUAUUUGUGAAGGCUUGCUACUGAUAAAUAAUGAAGAGUUAAUACAAAAAGUUCUGCCUUUAUUUGUUCAUUAUUUCUAUUUAGGAGUGAAUAAUUCUCAAUUAUUUUUAAAUAAUUUGGCAAAACAAGAAAUAGAAUUUUGCAGUUUUUCUGCUACAAUUAUAAGUCAUUUACCUUUACUUGUAGCUCUUUCAGAAAGAAAAAUGUUCUCUGAAUCUGUUGUUAAAAAUUUUUUUGCAAAAAAUUUUAAGUUUAAAAGUGAGCAAGAUAGAAAAAAUUUCUUUAAAAGCUUACAUUUAAUAGCAUCUAAAUUCAUAAUUAUGAAUAGCGAACCUGGAAUAUUGAGCUAAGCCGAAGAAUGGCUUUUGAUACUUAAUGAUAAUAUAAAAAACUAAGCUGUAUAACAACUCGUAUCAAAUCAGAAAUACUUUUUAUAUUUUCCAUAUUAUAGAAUAUAUGACUUUUUUACUCUUACUCACUCAUUAAUUUUGUUGGCAGAUGAUUAACCUUACAUUUCUACUCCAGAAAGUUUAAUUUCCAGAUAUUUAUAAGGGUGGGAUAAAUAAUUGAAGCAAAAUAAAGAUCUAACAUAAUACAUAAAAAAUUAUGACCUUUUAAUUAAUCUAUGUUAGAAUUUAAUAGAUUCAACUACUUUCUUUAAUGUUUUUUCAAAGUGUCAUGAUUUAUACUUCCCAGAGCUAAGUUAAAAUGGCGAAAAUUAAAAAAUAUUUUAGCAAAAUAUAAAUGAGAUAAUCAUUACCUGCAUAAAUUAAUAAAUAGACAAGAAAAUCUAUAUAAAAGAUGUUGAAGAAAUUUCUAAAACUAUUCUUAAUUAAACUAAUUUAAUUGAAAGCAGUAUCUAACAAGUUUGUACUUUUGAGGAUUAGAGCUAAAAUAUUUAAUCUUAGUAUCUGAAAAUUUAAAAUGGAUAUAAGUAAAAAUUUUACUUUAGACACUUACUAAGGGGGAAAUAAUGGUUGGAAGACCUCUGCAUUAUGGCUUCAGAAUUAAACAGUUAAAAUUAUUCAAUUUUAGGAAGUGAUUUUAAACUCUAAAAUUUAUUCCCUUAUCAAAGAGAAAUUUAUAAGAAAUUGAUUUUAAACGAAGAAUUUAUUAGUUAAAUUGUAACAAUAAACUUAAAUCCAAAAAUUUAACCAUAAUUUUUCUCAGCAAUUAAUCACAUAAUUCUUCUUGCAAUUUAGUUAAUCUAAUCCAAAAGUGAAUUUGAAAUAUUUUCUGAAGAAGAAAUUACAAAAAUUGAAAAAAUUGAAUCAAUCUUAAAAAAUGAAUAGCUAAAAGAAAAAUACAUAAAUAUCAACAAUAUGUUAAUUCCAUAAUAAAAAAUGAACUAUUUAAUGAUAGUAAACAAAAUGAUUUCAGAAUACUUAAACCAGAAAGAAUGAAUGGAUGAAUGAAUGAAUUUAUUACAGCUUAUUUGAGUGAAACUUUUUGAUUGAUAUU